CAACAUAUCUUACUUUCCUUACUUUCUUGAUCGCCGAGAAAAUUAAAGAAAAUGGAGAUAGACAAUCAUCACCAACAAUUAAGAACCUGCGUGGUUCUUGGAGGCCGAGGCCUCAUUGGAAGAUCGCUGGUGUUGAAGCUCUUGAAACUUGGCAAUUGGACCGUCCGAGUUGCCGAUUCGACUCCGUCUCUCCAACUCGAUUCCUCCGAAGAGAAAGAUUCAAUUCUAUCACAAGCCUUCUCGACCGGUCGCUCCGAGUACUUUCACGUCGAUGUUCGCAAUAAACCCCAAAUCAUCAAAGCUAUUGAAGGUUCAUCUGUUGUAUUCUACAUGGACAGUACUGAUUCAUACACUCAUGAUGAUUUCUAUCUUUGCUACUUGUUCAUUGUUGAAGGUGCAAAAAAUGUCAUUCAUGCUUGUCGAGAUUGCAAAGUUAAACAUCUCAUAUAUAACAGUACUGCAGACGUAGUAUUUGAUGGUUCACGUGAUAUACAUGAUGGAAAUGAGUCAUUACCAUAUUCUGGGAAAUUUGAGAACAUGUUGACCGAUCUGAAGGCCCAAGCUGAGGCACUAGUCCUGUAUGCUAACGACAUUGAUGGCCUUCUAACAUGUGCAAUUCGUUCUUGCAAUGUUUUUGGACCUGGAGAUAAACAGUUUGUGCCAUUGCUGGUGAAUAUAGCGAAAUCCGGAUGGGCAAAGGAAGUGGGGAAAACAUAUCUGACUUCACCUAUGUGGAUAACGUUGCCCAUGCCCAUAUCUGUGUAGAAGAAGCUCUAGGUUCUCGUAUGGUUUUUGUGUCUGGAAAGGUAUUUUUCAUCACUAAUCUCGAACCGAUGGGGUUCUGGGAAUUUGUGUCUCUCAUAUUAGAAGGCUUGGGUUAUCCGAGACCGAUGAUCAAGCUUCCUGCUAGGAUGGUCUCAUAUAUUAUUCAUCUUGUCAAAUGGGUGCAUUUAAAGAUGGACUCCAGAAAGCUUAACCAUUUUGUGUCAGUUCAUAACAUUGUUAAAUUAGCCUCAUGCACUAGGACAUUCAACUGCUCUGCAGCUCAGAAGCAUAUUGGAUACUUACCAGUUGUCUCUAUGGAAG